CCAUCGGCCACUGAUCCUCCAGCAUAGCCUUUGCACAGACUCGCUCCCUCACGCCGUCUUGCGCCAGGAGACGUCCGUUGGUGGGAUCACCUUGCAGGCAGACGCCUCCACACGCCCCGCCCCAGGCUCAACCCGGUCGGUCAGACUUGCUUCCGCUCACGUCACAGCAAGGCCAAGCAACCAACCCCCUGGCAUCUUGCUGCAAUCAUCUCCGGGCCAUCAUCACCUUUUCUGCAUUCUUUUCACCCCCUUCUACUACUCCUCUUCUUCGAACAUCAUCAUUGCCUCGGCAGCUGCACACUACUGUCCACACGGCGGUAAUCGUCUCUUACCUCCGGCAGCGUACGUCCCGCGCUGGUCUUGACGCAGAACCUGGGGCAGACACCCACACAGGCAACCGCAAUGGCCUCGAGCAUCAGACCCCCAAAUGGCGCCAACAACGAUAAUCACAGCGGCAACGUCAACAACACUGGAGCUGGGCACGACUUUGUUCUCUUUGACGACACAGGGCCCUUCUCCUCGGGCGCACAAUGGUCCGGCAAUCCCUACCCUUCACGGCCUCCUAUCCACGAUAAGCCUUCCUUUACUCAAUAUAGGGCCGGACCUGGCUCGAUUGAAGCAGGUGCUGCAGGCGGCGAGUCACCCUUCUCUAGCCCAGCUUCGAGACUGGAGGAUGACUUUGGAGGCCCUUCCUCGGUCGGUAGCCAUGGUAGCGGGACCUUGAGCAAUACCACCGGCCUGCCCAAUCGCAAGAGGCAGAGACCCAAUGGCAGCGGUCAUGGCGCCUCCUCCUCUACCAGCAGUCUUUCCAGCGCACUCAACCCCACUGGAACACCACGCAGCCGCUCCAACAACCCUUCCCAUCAAUCACCCACGGGUCACCAUAACCAAGCUCUUCCGCCGAGCAGAAGAAGGAGCCACCCGCAUCCCAAUUCGCAUCAGCGUAGCUCCAUUACCGGUCUAUCAGACCUCGCUGGACCUAUAGAGGACUGGAAUUUGGCCGACACUUCGCCUCGGAACCCGCCCAGCGGAAGUUUCGGGCCUCUUCUCGGAUCCCUCUCCUUGGGGGGUGACGGCAAAGAGGAACUUCUGCCGAGUCUCUUUCCGGAGCUUCAGGGCGAUUCCGGGAGCAAUGCAAGUCAGGGCAGCACCACGAGUUUCCGGAAUGCCUUUUCUCCUCCACAAAGUAGGUCAUCUGGAGUGACACCGAGUUCUAGCUCCCGCAGUCUCCUUUCUGAUACAGGACCGGUACAGAUGGACCCAACGCCUGCUCAAGAAGCUCUCGCGAGGCAACAAGUGCGGCAGGAUCUUGCUGGAGUGGACCAGAGAGCGCUGCGAGGACCACUACGAGCCCUAGCUCAGAGCGCAAUGGGUCAACAACAAGGUCAGCAGCAGCCGUCGCUUCAGAGCGGCAGCGGCGGCUCUUCUGAAAUCGGCGAAGGCAUUUCUGAUGCCGAGAUGGAGUCGGCUUUGAGAGCUGCAGUGGACAACUUUGUAGCGGAGAGCGAGUCUGGUCGGUAUGGCCUCAAUGGUAAUGCUCGAGCGCCUGGGGCUGGAGACCGCAGCGCUUCCCUUGGUGCCCUGCAAGAUAGUACCUCUGCGUUUUCUGGGUAUGAUGGAAGCGGUCUGACUCAAGCGCAAUUGAGCCUUCUCUUCCCAGGUGUUCUAUCGAACCUCCCAGCGGCUGGCAACGCCAACGAUCGAAGCUUUGGAGUCACACCGAACCAGCUGCAAGGCUCGCAGCAGCAGUCUGCCUCACAGCAAGGGAGAACGCAAGCACCUCGACCUCCUCCUGGUCCGCGCAGAAGGAGCAGCAGCUUUGACUCUAGCUUCUUGCCCGUCUCAAGACCGUGGUUCAGCCAGAGCCCGCCUCAAGGCCAGGGUAGCCUGCAGGGUUCGAAUGCUCCCGGUGGGAUCGGCAUGGGACAGGGCACGGGCUGGACUGGUCUGCCCACGAAUAGCUUCAAUGCAUCUGAUCUGAGCGGACAAUACGCCAGCAACAUUGCAGCUGCUCUGAUGGCUUCAGGCGCAGCACAGGGCCAGUGGCCCCCAUCGAGACGCCCCAUGACAAGAGAUCGAUCUGGACUCACCGUCUCACCUCAGGAGACUUUCCUCGACUUCAAGGGCAUUGAGAACACGCUACAGAACGGCGGCUGGCAGGGAAGUCUGUUCUCUACUGCACCACAAGGCAUAGAUCAAGUCUUGGCAGGAGGUGCGGGCGGCGGUAGCGGAUCGGGCGUCGUACCGAAGCCCCAGCUAUUGCGAGGAGAUACAGUAAAGCCGUCUCUCCAGCAACAACAACAGCAGCAGCAGCAAUUACAACAGCUGGGCGGUGUGAAUGACAAGGGUGGACCACUCAAAUCAGACUCAUCAGCUAGCAGCGGGAUGAGCGUCUUCAGCCCUGUUGGUAGUGAUGCUACACCAGACACAGACGAUGAAGAUGAGAAGGUCUUCAGCAUCCCGCCCUCAACUGGCUUCCCGGAGCCGCUCAACUAUGAAGCGCUCGCAAAGCAGCUUCAACAACAGCAGCAGUCUUCGCAGCAGAGGAAUUCGAACCUCAAUCGAAGCGCCGGACCUUCCCUCCCGGGUCGUAGUCACCCACAAGGCGGGUAUGGUGGUCUUGGUGCUCCUCGCUUCCUCGCUUCUUCCUCCUCGAGCAGUGAGUCGGAAGAUGACAUGCCAACAGAUGCCGACUCGCGAGGCUUCCCGCGCUUCAAUGGAGCGAACGCUCGGGACUUUGGUCAGGCUCCGCCCGCACUACUGCAGGACCAACCGCCUUCCGGCUUUUCACCAGGUCAGGGCGGCAUUGGAUCUGCUCAACCUCCGGUUCGGGGGAGAGGUCUGCAAGGAGGCUACGGCUACAUGCCCGGCAGCGCAGAGAGUGGACUAGCCAUCGAUCCUUCCUUUGAGGGGGCUAGCAAGAGUCAUCCUCAUCUACCCAACCUCAAUACCUCGUCUUCGACCACCAAUGGCGCUUUCGGUACAGCACCGCUCUCUGCCGCCUCAUUGAAUGCAAUGGACUUCUCGUCUGGAGCUCAGUCGCAGGAUGAAGAAAGGCUGAGCCCUUCUAUCCGAAGUACAGCACAAGUGAUCAGCCCGCCUCACCAACAGCAGCAAACGCAGGCGCAACAACAGCAGCAACAGCGUCGUCAAGCAGGAGAUGCUGGACGGAGGGCCACUGGAGGCCUCACGGGACAGCAGCAGCAGCAAUUCGGUCGUCAGCAGGUCAAGGCAGGAUAUGGCGGCUAUCCUCUGCCCCAUGCGGCUACUAGCUCUCCCAAGAAGCAGCGGCGUGCCUCUUUGGCUGUUUCCGAAGGGUCACAAAGUAGUGCUUCCUGGCAGUCGGAAGAAGACGAUGAAGACGCCGAAGGAGAAGAGGACGAAGACGACGAUGAUGCCGCUACGGCCGAUAGCGAUGUCUCCAAUUUUUCCGACGAGGGCGGGGCAGGUGCCAGCAAGAAGAAGAAGAAACAGCCUAUCAAGAAGUCCGGAGGUCGAGCAGCUGGUCAGCAGCAGCAGCAGCAGAAGGGUGGUCGUACAACGGCUGCUGCCAACAAAGCACGCAGGAGCGGUACUGGCGGCGGCGGUGGGGGAUCGGGACCUAUGUACGGUCACUCUCUCUCGAGUCCCGAGUCUCAAAAUCAAGCACUCGGACACAGUGCUGGCUCUACUACCGCUGCCCUUGCUGCUGCUGCCGCCUCGGGUGGCGUCUCUCAACACGGCCACUUGACCGUCUGCGAGUACCUCUCUCCCCUCACUGGCGCCCGGUGCGGCACUGAAUUCCAUCGACCCUACGAUCUAGCUCGUCACAGGGAGACGAUUCACGCAAAGGAAGAAGCAGCCCUUGUACGCCAGGGUAAAUUGAGUAAGAGUCAAUGUAGAGUCCUCUAUGUUGAAGUGGAUCCUGAAAAGAGUCAGGCGACACAGGAAUGGAAGUGUGAUGGAAGAUCGGGGUGUGGGAGUGUCUUUUCUAGAAAGGAUGCAUUGCAGAGACAUAGGAGAUUGAGAGGUCAUUGAGGGAGGGAGGGGGUUAAUUGGCCGGGUCAAGGCGGG